AUCUCAACAAUCCUCAGAAAAUUCGGUCUUCAAGGGAAAAAAAAAAAUCCAUAAGAAAAUUGGCACAUGCCUCGGAUCUCGGCCGAGAAGUGCUUGAAUCUUGAUCGCUCUCUGCUGCAACGGACCAGAUUUCGAGGCAGGGUUUUCUCUUCCCUUUUGGAUGCCACCACCCAAAAAGCCCGACCUUCCAGCCUUUCUUUACUUGAUCCCCUUCGAUAAUUAGCCUUUUGGAGGGACAAAUGUAUCUAUUCUUGACCCCUUUAACAAUGGGUGUGGGAGUCUAUCAGAGGCCACUAAGAGCACUAAACGUUCCAACAGAAAGCAGUAUACUGUUGAUCCCUGAAAGGGUUAAGCAAAAGCACCUAUGUAGAUGUUGAAGUGUUGGUUGUGUUUAUUUUCUUCUGGUUUACCAAAGGAAGGAGCAAUGAAGCUGAAUGGUCAUGACUAGCCUGCAUAUUCUGCUGAUAGGUGGCAGUUUUCAUUUGUAAUAUCUCUCUCUCUCCCCCUCCCUCCUUCCUUCUGUCAUGGCUCUGGAGAAGAGAUCAACAGGGCUCGGCAAGUCGUGUGUUCUUAUUAUAGUGGUGGCUAGUGUGGAGAGAUUUGCGUACAAGGGAGUGGCUUCCAACUUGGUGACUUACCUUACUGAUGUGGUGAAGAUGAGCACAUCCUCAGCUGCGAAGAGUAUUAGCACUUGGGUAGGACUCACAUCGAUGCUUCCCCUUGUAAGCGCGAUCCUUGCCGAUUCUUACUGGGAUCGUUAUUCGACCAUCAUGGCAUCUUCCUUGCUCUAUGUCAUGGGCUUGGUGGGAUUGACCUUAUGGGCAUUACUAUGUGCAAGGAUGCCAGCCUCAUCCUUGUUUAUUCCGCUCUACUUGAUUUCAGUAGGACAAGGUGGAUACAACCCAUCAUUGCAAGCAUUUGGAGCAGAUCAACUGGAGAUCGAGGACAAUUUGCCUUGCAGCAAUGAAGAUAAAACAAGCAAAAAGAGCCUCUUCUUCCAAUGGUGGUACUUCGGCAUAUGUGGUGGAAGCCUCUUGGGAAAUUCUACCAUGUCUUACAUUCAAGACACUUUAGGUUGGGGUCUGGGGUUCGCCAUCCCCACCGGCGCCAUGGCAAUGUCAGUGGCAUGCUUCUUAUGCGGUGCCCGCUUUUAUGUGCACAAGCAACUCAAGCUACGUAAUAGGCCUAAAGAGAGCAUAGUCCAAGCUCUCAAGGCUGCUGCAAACUAUAUCAUAAACCGGAAACUCCGCUUGCCAUCGAGGGAUGAUGAUGUCGCAGAACUUGAGUUGCAAGAGAAACCCCUCAGAGAUGACUUCAGUUGUUCAAAAGCUUUGGAUACAGACUUUGCCACUGUGGAUGAACCACCUAGUGUCACUAAAACAAUUUUGAGGCUAUUGCCCAUCUGGACAAUGCUCCUUAUGUUUGCAGUCAUCUUCCAACAGCCAGCAACUUUCUUCACAAAACAAGGGAUGAUGAUGAAGCACAACAUUGGAAACUUUGUGAUCCCUCCGGCAAUGCUUCAGAGUUCUAUCACCAUCUCAAUCAUACUGCUAAUGCCUCUUUAUGAUAAGCUUAUAAUCCCAUUCCUGCGUGUGUUUACUCGCGACGAGAACGGGAUUACCGUGCUUCAAAGGAUCGGAAUAGGCAUGUGCCUUUCAAUUGUUGGUAUGGUUGUAGCAGCACUAGUUGAAUCCAAGAGGCUGGGGAUUAUAAAGGACGGAGCGGCCGAAUCCCUUUCGUUAAAGAACACUCAGCUGAGCAUCUUUUGGUUGCUGCCUCAGUACAUUCUCCUGGGAAUCUCCGAUGUUUUCACAGUCGUUGGAAUGCAAGAGUUCUUCUACAUGCAAGUUCCUACUACGAUGAGAACUAUUGGCAUAGCGCUUUACCUCAGUGUUUUCGGUGUGGGCAGCUUUCUUGGUGCUCUGCUGAUCUCGGUCGUGGAGCUGACGACCGGCGCGAAUGGGAAAAACCGUGGCUGGUUAUCUGAUGAUGCAAGGGAAUCCCGGCUUGACAACUACUAUUGGUUUCUGGCUGUGUUAAGCUCCAUUAGCUUUCUUAUUUUUGUAAACUUAUCUAGAUGCUACCAAGGUUCCAAUGCUUCUGAAAAAUGAUUCAUUGGUAAGUAUUUUACCUGAAGUGUUGAACAAAUUUGUAGAGUCCAGUGAACGUAGAUACCGCAGGGUUCGGAUGCUUAUGCAAAACGUGUAACAAAUGAGUAUCAUUCUCUGAGUUUAAGUGUUCAACAAAUUUGUACGGUUCCUUGAAACAAUGCAGAGGAAGAGUUUUUUGCUGUAUGCUUGAUUAAUAUUCUUGUAUCUCUCAAUAAAUUUAUUGUCAAAACGAGGAUUAGAAUAUAAGUUCAUACUGCAUACUUUCAGUCUUCUCAAAGGAUUGCAUACUUUCAAGCCAAAAGAUAUUUUUGUUGGAAACUAGAAGAUCAUGGUGAUGAAAAUGACUCCAAAGAUUCCGAUCAAAAAAGGAGGAGGAGAAGAAGAGAGAUGGGGAGAAGAGGAUCGUCGCACAAUUUUUUUAGAGAAAAAAAAGAGUUAAGGAUUGUGAUGCUUUGAUCCUGACGUGUUUACUCCGAGAUAAUAAUUUAACUGCAUUUGACAUAUAGCUCCAUUAUCUAGCUCUUGAGCAAUAAUUUUGAAAAACACAAGAAUCUUUUGUACCACAGUGACACUGAAGAAUAUGAGAACAGGUCUUCUAAUUUCUAUUUCCUUUCAUUUGAGGAGGAGAAAAAAAAACCUUUGGCCUUCUUCGAGCUACUUAUCUAUGAACAGAGGAUAUGGUACAGAAGCAACAAGGCCAUGACUGGUGUCAUAGAAGGAUGUUCUAUGAAAACAAAAUCAUUCCUUUAUUUCACUUUCAACCAUACCAUAGUUUGAAUUAUAUGUUUCUGCGAAGAUUAAUGUGAUAAUACAUCAGCAGAACAAGGAAUGCUAAAGAUGGAGGAAGGCAGUGGAAGUGACGGAGCAUGUAUAAACUGAG